AUGUUACAUGAGCAAAGUGGGUUGAUAGUUGCCAUUAUAGCUCAACCGACAAUUAUUGACGAAACCAAACUGAGGCAAAGAGAUGAUGAAUUCCUCAAGAAGAUGAUUGAUGAAAUUGAAGUGAAUCUGAAAUCGGGGCAUAGUAUUGAAAAUGAAGCGUUGAAAUUCCAAAACGAAUUGUGUGUUUCGAACAUCCCUAAGUUAAAGAAGAGAAUUCUAGAUGAAGCUCACAAGUCAAUGUUUGCAAUGCAUCCGGGAAAUAACAAGAUAUUAGCUACUAUAUAUGCUGAUGACAUUGUUCGUUUGCAUGGAAUUCUGGAGAGUUGGGAAGAUUACUUACCAUUAGCAGAAUUUGCAUAUAAUAACAGCUACCACUCCAGCAUUGGUAUGGCAUCAUAUGAAGCCUUAUACGGUAGAAGAUGUAGAUCACCAGUCUGUUGGAUAGAAGUCAGGGAUAGAGUCUUGCUUGGGCCUAAAAUUGUGCAAACCACCACCGAAAAGAUCAAAGUUAUUCAACAAAGGCUCAAGACAGCACAGAGUAAAGAAAAGAACUUCGCGGAUGUUAAAAGAAGGCCGCUUGAAUAUGAAGUUGGCGACCGUGUGUUCAUCCGUGUAAUUCCAAUGAAGGGCCAGUCAAGAUUUGGCAAGAAGGGUUUAUUAGUUGCUCCCCACUCAUCAGCAAAUGUGAACCCUGCAAGGAAAAAUAUGGGUCUCCUCACCAACUAG